CAAGUGUCAAGUAGCUGAAGAGAGAGAGAAUAGUAGAGAACAACAACCUCGAAGCUAGUUUAAACUAGUGGGAGGUUGGCUGCAAAGAAACCAACAACAAAACAGAACUAAGGGAACGUCAAUGGCACGAGGGAAAGUGCAGUUGAAGAGGAUCGAGAAUCAUGUCCAUAGGCAGGUCACCUUCUGCAAGCGCCGAGCUGGGCUUCUCAAGAAGGCUAAGGAGUUAUCCAUUUUGUGUGAUGCUGAGAUUGGGAUCAUCAUCUUCUCUAACCAUGGCAAGCUAUAUGACCUUGCUACCAAGGGAAGCAUGGAACAGCUGAUUGAGAGGUACAUGAAAUCAACUCGAGGGGCUCAAAUUGGAGAAGCUGAAGCAAAGCUUAAUCUGGAGUUACAAGAAGAAAUAAUCAAUUUGAAGCAAGAGAUUCAGCUACUCCAGAAGGGCAUUGGGUAUUUAUAUGGCCGGAAAACUGAAAAUAUGACAUUAGAUGAAUUACACGCUUUAGAGAAACAUCUAGAGAAUUGGAUGUGUCAUAUUCGUACAGCAAAGAUGCAAAUAAUGUUUCAAGAAAUUCAAUUGUUGAAGAAUAAGGAGGGAAUACUGACUGCAGCAAAUGGAUAUCUUCAAGGGAAGAUAUAUGAGCAAACUGGGAUAGUUGAAAUGCCACCAGAUCUAACUGGAUUUUCAUAUCCACAUUGACUAUUCAAAAUGAGAUAUUCCAGACUUAGUUGCUUAGGUGACCACUGAUGAUAGCAACACUGGAAGAUUGCCGUGGAGGAUUAUUAGUUAUCUCUUUGGGGUUUCUGUUGGAUAAAUAAUUACCAUUAUAAAUAUGCCAUUAACAUUUAGUACUUAGGUGAGUUCUUGUGUGCUAUGGUAAUGUGAAUGUGAUGUUUUAGUCAAUGUUGCUAUUGGAGAUUUAUUAUGGUGGCAUAGAUAAGGUUGUAAAAA